AAGGAGGGCGCGAGCAGCGCGAGCGGAAAAGGCGCCCCGCGCGGGCGAGCGCAAAGAAGGAAAGAAAGAAAACCAGCGAGCGAGCGUGUGAGCGAGCGGGGAGAGCGAGCAAGCGCGCGCGCGAAAACUCCCGUCAGAUUUUUGGAUGCCACUGGACAGAAACUUGACACUUCAGAUCAUCUUUUUAUCAUAGCAGAGCCCUCAGCCUGCUCAUUACUUGGGGACGAGAUAGCCCAUGUGCUGUGGAGAUGACCGGGGAGCAGCAGCUUGACUCAGAUCUUGGGUCUGGUGUAGAAGUAGAAGAAUUCAGCUGGGAAGAUUAUCUAGAAGAGACAGGCUCUACCACAGUUCCCUAUGCAUCGUUUAAACAUGUGGACAUACGUUUGCAAAAUGGAUUUGCUCCUGGGAUGAAGCUGGAGGUAGCUCUGAAAAAAGAUCCUGAGACUUACUGGGUUGCCACCAUCAUUACCGCCUGUGAGCAGUUGCUCCUGCUCCGUUAUGAAGGCUAUGGGGAAGACAGAAAAGCAGACUUCUGGUGUGAUAUCAGGAAAGCUGGUCUCUAUCCCCUCGGGUGGUGUCAGCAGAAUAAGAAGACUCUCGAAGCUCCAGAAGGCAUCAGAGAUAAAGUGUCUGAUUGGAAUACAUUCCUACAGCAGACCCUGAGAGGAGCCUGUGGUCCUCCUGUGUCUCUGCUAGAGGACCUCCGUAAUGGAAGGAAUCCUUUAGAUCUCAUUGCUCCAGGAUCCAGACUCGAAUGCCAAGAUUUUCGGGACUCUUUAAGCACUUGGAUUGUUACUGUUGUGGAGAACAUUGGAGGCCGGUUGAAGCUGCAGUAUGAAGGACUUGAAAGUCAUGACGGUUUUGAACACUGGUUGUAUUACUUAGAUCCAUUUCUUCAUCACAUUGGGUGGGCUUCUCAGCAAGGAUAUGAACUUCAGCCCCCAUUAGCCAUCAGGCAUCUGAAAAAUGAAGCUGACUGGCAAGAGAUUUUGGCCAAAGUGAAAGAGGAAGAGCCAUUACCCUCUUACUUAUUUAAGGAUAAGCAAGUUAUUGGAACCCAUGAAUUUUCUAUAAACAUGAAGUUGGAAGCUGUGGACCCAUGGUCUCCUUUUGGGAUUUCUCCUGCUACAAUUGCUAAGGUUUUUGAUGAUAAGUACUUUCUAGUGGAAAUGGAUGACCUUCGACCAGAAAACCAUACAAGGCGGUCGUUUGUGUGCCAUGCUAACAGUCCUGGUAUCUUUCCUGUGCAGUGGAGUCUAAAGAAUGGUUUACACAUCAACCCUCCUCCAGGUUUCCGGAGCCAGGACUUUGACUGGGCUGACUACCUCAAACAGUGUGGUGCUGAAGCUGCUCCCCAGAAGUGCUUCCCGCAGUCAAUUUCUGAGCACCAGUUUAAGGAGAACAUGAAACUGGAGGCAGUGAACCCUAUUUUCCCUGAAGAAGUGUGCAUUGCCACCGUUACUGCAGUGAGAGGCUCAUACCUGUGGCUCCAGCUGGAAGGUUCUAAGAAGCCUGUACCUGAAUUUAUUGUAAGUGCGGAGUCGAUGAAUAUAUUUCCUUUGGGCUGGUGUGAAACCAAUGGCCAUCCUCUCAGUACUCCUCGCCGGGCACGAGGGCAUAAACUGAGGAAAAUUGCAGUGGUUCAGCCAGAAAAACAAAUACUGUCUUCAAGAUCUGUCCAUGACAGCCUGAAGCUGAACUCCACCCACUCAGUGAUGAUCAAUGGAAAAUACUGUUGUCCAAAGAUAUACUUCAACCACCGUUGCUUCUCAGGACCGUAUCUUAAUAAAGGAAGAAUUGCUGAGCUGCCUCAAUGUGUAGGACCUGGGAACUGUGUUCUGGUACUUAGAGAGACUGCACUGAAGCCAGUAAACAGUAGGCCACCAGGUGAAUUAAUUGUAUUUGUAGAUUUAUCUCAAAAAGUAAAAACACACUAUUAUGGAAAGAAGAAAAAUAAAAGAAUUGGGAGGCCACCUGGUGGACAUAGUAAUUUAUCUUCUGCCCUGAAAAAAAGCAAUAAGAGAAGAAAAAGGCGGAAAAAUAUUUUUGUUCAUAAGAAGAAACGCUCUUCUGCAUCUGUUGACAAUACCCCAGUGGGCUCACCCCAGGGAAGUGGGGGUGAAGAUGAGGAGGAUGCAGAUGAUGGAGAUGAUGAUUCCCUAACUGAGGGCAGUACAUCCGAGCAUCAGGAGGAGUUACAGGAAGAGUCUGAAGUGUCAGAAAAAAAAUCAUGCUCCUCUUCUCCCACCCAGAAUGAGACACCCACCCCAGUGCCCCCAGACACACAGACCAAUAAAAGAGACGCCCAGACUUCCUCACUCUCAGAUGAUGAAAAUAAGCCUCCUUCACCAAAGGAAAUAAGGAUUGAAGUUGAUGAAAGGCUUCACCUGGACAGCAACCCCCUGAAGUGGAGUGUGGCCGACGUUGUGCGGUUCAUCAGGUCCACUGACUGUGCUCCGUUGGCAAGAAUAUUCCUUGAUCAGGAAAUUGAUGGGCAGGCCCUUCUGCUCCUCACCCUUCCCACUGUCCAAGAGUGCAUGGACUUAAAGCUGGGCCCCGCCAUCAAGCUCUGCCAUCACAUAGAGAGGAUCAAGUUUGCUUUUUAUGAGCAGUUUGCCAACUGAGAAGGACAAGCAGACUGAGCUGAGUCUUUGAAGCACAGUGCAGCAAACCCUUUGCCCUGCUCUACAGAUGGCUGCAGUAGUCCUGAGCUGUCGGCCUGCAAGUGUUGGCUUGCUAUCUUUGCACUUUCAGGGAAGGAGGACCCACACUGAGGAAGCAAAACAGCACAAAAAUGGCUCUCCUACAGUGCAAAUAUGGACUUCUGUUUAGAAGAUUCCAGUUUAAAAAACAUUGUGAGAAAACCAUAAAAGUCUGAAUUACCAUUAGUGGGACCUGAAACAAAGAAUGAUGGUGACAGCUGGGCCGCACCAAUGUUGUUUUCAUUCUGUUCCUUCCCUCUGUAGAUUGAACUCUGUUCUCUGCUUUCUCUUUCUUGAAAAGAGAGGACAUAGCUUUAAGUCAGCACUGGUUUGGGACUGUGCCUAAGGCACAUCAGUGCUUCAUUGUUGUUGUGUUUUUAAGCUUUUUUAAAUUAAAGCAGUUCAUUUUGGGGAUAAUUAAGUGGCUCUAGGGUUUUGAAUGUAUAGUCACACUUUGAUCCAUUUUAAAAUCUAUUCUUAGGAGUUCCUUUGUUUACUACCUCUGUUGAUGACUGCGCUUACAGCCAUGAGUGACAUUUUUUGUAUGAUGCCAUUUUUAAGCUGAAUGCUAAAACUAUGACAGAAAUUAGAGAAGGCACUGCCUGCUUUCUUAAAGAUAUCAUGUUGGCACUUACACCACCAGUCCCUUAACCAGUUUGUCCUAAGAAUUCUACUGUUGUGUCCUCCAUCAUGACCAGGUUUUGGCCACCAUCAUUAGGUGGCUUUACAAAGACCAAUGGGUAUUUCAGUUUAAUUACUCUCUCCCUAUUAGUUCUGAAAGGUAUUUAAGUGGCUUUUAUUUUAUGUUUAUUUUUCUGUAGAGUUGUUUAACUACCUCUGUUUCAUUUCUGGAGUUUCUACUCUCAGUGAAAAUCAGUGUGGGUUCUUUGGACCUACUGUCAAGCCCAUUUUUCUGGUUUUCUAGGUAUGUCCAAGUAGAUACAUAGCAGAGAAAUGUGUCUUUGGGUAUGGCACAAAGUUGAAGUUCCUUAAUAGUGUCCUUGGUUAUGAGUACUGAGAGGUAGUUAAGAGUCUAUGAACUCACUACCCCAAAUAUCCCAGAUCUUAUCUCCUCUGGGAAGCUAAGCAGGGCCUGGUUGGUACUUGGAUGGGAAAGGUGGUUAAGGAGUCUGGAAAUCUCUGUCUAGCCACGUUUAUGCCUGUCUUCAGUUAAACAAAUUUAAAUUGAAUGUAAUUACAAUCUGAAGAGUCUCACUCAGUAGCUCAUUCUUUUGAAGUUUUUUUUUUUUUUAAAUUAAACUCAAGUUGACAUGAAGCUCCAGGUGAAUUUUCACUUACGAUGGUGGUGUUAGCUAUUAUAGAAUAGCACUUGCUAUGCUACAGCCAUGAGUAAGGAAAGACAUGCAUACACAGUUGCCUCCUUUAAUGUUUUCCUUGUUGAUUAUUUAUUUAUUUAUUUAUUUUUGAUUACCCUAAACCCUACAGAUUUAUACCCUAAGCAUUUUUCCUCAAGAAUUGAAAAUGUUUUAAAACUGCAAACUGAGUAAAUUCUGAACAAGUAUACAAAUAUAAGGUAAUAUUAUUACAAAUUUAAA